AUGGGGUUCAACCCAGCUGUAACUGUGAGGAGGAUAGAUGUUUUGGUGCGAAUUUUAAAUGGGAGAAAAACACUUGUACAGCAAAACUUAGUGCGUGCUUGCUCUUAUGAAGGAAGGGUGACCAUCGGGAAUAUUAGCAAAGAGAUAAAGUCGCCAAAAAGGAUAGAAUACAUCCCUAGAAACUAUUUAACAAUAGAAAGUUCAGAGCUCAAAAAUUUGCCACAAAGUGCUCUCCGUAACUUAAGAUGGAUGAUGCAAAAAGAUCUACUUGGCCAGGACAUGUUUUUAUUAGGAAGACCUGGACCAAGCAGGCGAAAAGUAGCACUUCAGUAUUUAGAGCUAACACAGAGAGAAUUGGAGUAUGUUGCACUAUCAAGAGACACAACAGAAGCUGAUCUUAAACAAAGAAGAGAAAUACAGUCUUCUACAGCAAAGUACUUUGAUCAGAGUGCAGUAAGAGCAGCCAUAGAGGGACGGAUUCUUGUGAUAGAAGGUAUUGAAAAAGCUGAACGCAAUGUUUUGCCAGUGCUCAACAAUUUGCUGGAAAACAGAGAGAUGCAUUUGGAAGAUGGCAGAUUUUUAAUCCCAUCGUCGAGGUACGACAAAUUGCUUGAGGAGCAUGGUGCAGAGGAGGUAGCCAAGUGGCGUCUAGUUCGGGUUGAUGAGAACUUUCGAGUUAUUGCUCUAGGAUUGCCCGUGCCGAGGUACACUGGUCAGCCCCUGGACCCGCCUUUAAGAUCCAGGUUUCAAGCCAGGGAUGUUGCUACUGUUGGGUAUGGGGUAAGUAACGAAUUAUUAAAUGUUUAA